AUGAUGUCGAUUUCGGCUUUUCCUUUAAGUGUAGGAAUUGGGUUUGCUGCGUUGAGUUACUUUUUACUAAAGAAAAAACCGAAAUCAACUGUUGACCUCAUACGUGUACUGAAUAUCCCGAAACGAGAUUAUGAAAUGCCUACGUUGAAAUCCAAAAAUAGGUACAUAUCAUAUAGAAGUGGUGAAUAUAAAGGCAAAACAUACUUAUAUGUUGAAGGAGAUACUAGUGGGGAUGAAAAAUAUGCAUUUAUGUCUGAUACUACUGAUAUAACCUCUUCCGAAAGUGAAUAUGAAGAAAUGGAUAUUAAUGAUAUAUAUGUACCAGGUAGUCCUAAAUAUAAAACAUUGAUAGAAGUAGUACUAGAACCAUCAAAAAGUAAUGGUAACACACCAAGUAAGGGUGAUGGUAACACACUAGGUGAUGAUAUGGUACCUACCACGAAUACAUUUACAGAUGAGGAAUGGAAUGAACUGAAACAGGAUUUUAUAUCACAAUAUUUACCAAAUACAGAACCAAAUAAUAAUUAUAGAAGUGGAAAUAGUCCAACAAAUACCAAUAAUACUACCACGUCACAUGAUAAUAUGGGAGAAAAACCUUUUAUUAUGUCCAUUCAUGAUAGAAAUUUAUAUACUGGAGAAGAAAUUAGUUAUAAUAUUAAUAUGAGUACUAACACUAAUAAUGAUAUUCCAAAAUAUGUAUCAAAUAAUGUAUAUUCUGGUAUCGAUUUAAUUAAUGACACAUUAAGUGGUAACAAACAUAUUGAUAUAUAUGAUGAAGUGCUAAAAAGAAAAGAAAAUGAAUUAUUUGGAACAAAUCAUGUGAAACAAACGAGUAUACAUAGUGUUGCAAAAAAUACAUAUAGUGACGACGCUAUAACAAAUAAAAUAAAUUUGUUCCAUAAAUGGUUAGAUAGACAUAGAGAUAUGUGUGAAAAGUGGGAAAAUCAUCAUGAACGUUUAGCUAAAUUAAAAGAAAAAUGGGAAAAUGAUAAUGAUGGAGGUAAUGUACCUAGUGAUAAUCAUGUGUUGAAUACGGAUGUUUCGAUCGAAAUAGAUAUGGAUAAUCCUAAACCUAUAAAUCAAUUUAGUAAUAUGGAUAUAAACGUGGAUACACCUACUAUGGAUAAUAUGGAAGAUGAUAUAUAUUAUGAUGUAAAUGAUAAUGAUGAUGAUAAUGAUCAACCAUCUGUGUAUGAUAUACCUAUGGAUCAUAAUAAAGUAGAUGUAGAUGUACCUAAGAAAGUACAUAUUGAAAUGAAAAUCCUUAAUAAUACAUCUAAUGGAUCGUUGGAACAACAAUUUCCUAUAUCGGAUGUAUGGAAUAUAUAA